GCGGCGAGCGAUGGAUGAGGACAACAUGACGAGGAGCGAGGAGCAGGAGCUGAGUCUGCAGAAGGCGCUGCAGCAGUGCGAGCUGGUCCAGAACAUGAUCGACAUCAGCAUCUCCAACCUGGAGGGGCUCCGCACCAAGUGCGCCGCCUCCAACGACCUCACGCAGAAGGAGAUCCGCACCCUGGAGAGCAAACUGGUGAAGUAUUUCAGCAGGCAGCUGUCCUGCAAGAGGAAGGUGGCGCUGCAGGAGCGCAACGCCAAACUGGAGGGUUUCCCCCAGCUGCUGCACUGGUUCCGCAUCGUCGACAUCCGAAAGGAGGUGAUGGAGGAAAUCGCCCCAGGGCAGCUCAGCCUGGAGGAUCUGCUGGACAUGACUGAUGACCAGGUCUGUGCCACCGUGGAGAAGUUUGGGGCCAACAGUGAGGAGUGUGCCCGGCUGAACGCGUCCCUGUCCUGCCUGCGCAGCGUGCACAAGUCUGGCGGGAGCCUCUCCAAGCAGGACUGGACCAUCCAGUGGCCGAGCACGGAGCCGGGCAAGGAGAACAGCCCGGCGUUAUCCCCGGAGCCGGGCCCCUGGGGCAGGACGCACCCGAGCCCCAAGGUGCAGCCCAAGUGCGGCCAGCACCACUGCCACUCGAGCUCCGUGUACACCCACGUGGACCGCCUGACCGUGGAGGGUCACCCGGGGCUGUGCCCGCCGCUGGAGUCCGGCCACCGCUCGCUGCCGCCGUCCCCCCGGCAGCGCCACGCCGCGCACACCCCCCCGCGCACCCCCAACAUCGUCACCACCAUGACCCCGCCGGGGACCCCCCCCGUGCGCCGCAGGAACAAACUGAAGCCCCCCGGGACCCCCCCGCCCUCCUCCAGGAAGCUGAUCCACCUCAUCCCGGGAUUCACGGCGCUGCACCGCAGCAAGUCGCACGAGUUCCAGCUGGGACACCGCGUGGAUGAGGCGCACACCCCCAAAGUCAAGAAGAAGAACAAGCCCCUGAACCUCAAGAUCCACAACAGCGUGGGGAGCUGUGAGAACAUCCCUGCCCAGCGCUCCCCGCUCCUGUCCGAGCGCUCCCUGCGCUCCUUCUUCGUGGGGUACCCGCCCUUCCUGCCCUCCACCCCGCCCGUCCACACCGACUCCGCCGCCUUCUCAGCAAAUACUCUGUCAGUGCCUCGCUGGUCCCCGCAGAUCCCUCGUCGGGAUUUAGGAAACUCCAUAAAACACAGGUUUUCCACCAAGUACUGGAUGUCUCAGACCUGCACCGUCUGCGGGAAGGGAAUGUUGUUCGGCUUAAAAUGCAAAAACUGCAAGCUCAAGUGCCACAACAAAUGCACCAAAGAGGCCCCUCCGUGUCACCUGCUGAUCAUCCACCGCGGAGGGAGACGAGCCGCUCGGGGCGAGGCAGAUUUGCAUUGCAAACCACUUCCACCCACCCUCCCCCUGCCUCCUUUUCUUUUCAGAUUCCCCACCGCACGGGCGAGGUUAGUCCGGACAGAGUCGGUGCCCUGCGACAUCAACAACCCCCUGAGGAAGCCCCCCAGGUAUUCGGACCUGCACGUCAGCCAAACGCUCCCCAAAACCAACAAACUCAACAAGGACCACAUUCCGGUUCCCUACCAGCCCGAUUCCAGCAGCAACCCCUCGUCCACCACAUCCUCCACGCCGUCCUCGCCGGCGCCGCCGCUGCCGCCCAGCGCCACCCCCCCAUCCCCGCUGCAUCCCUCCCCGCAGUGCCCGCGCCAGCAGAAGCAGUUCAACCUGCCAGCCUCCCAUUACUACAAGUACAAGCAGCAGUUCAUUUUCCCAGAUGUGGUGCCUGAGACGCCGACCCGAGCCCCACAGGUCGUCCUGCACCCCGUCACCUCCAACCCCAUCCUGGAAGGAAACCCAUUGCUUCAAAUUGAAGUGGAGCCCACCUCGGAGAACGAGGAAGGCGCCGAGGAGGCGCAGGAAUCCGAGGACGACUUCGAGGAGAUGAACCUGUCGCUGCUGUCGGCGCGCAACUUCCCGCGCAAGGCCAGCCAGACCAGCAUCUUCCUGCAGGAGUGGGACAUCCCCUUCGAGCAGCUGGAGGUGGGCGAGCUGAUCGGCAAGGGCCGCUUCGGGCAGGUGUUCCACGGGCGCUGGCACGGCGAGGUGGCCAUCCGCCUCAUCGACAUCGAGCGCGACAACGAGGAGCAGCUCAAGGCCUUCAAGAGGGAGGUCAUGGCCUACCGGCAGACCCGCCACGAGAACGUGGUGCUCUUCAUGGGGGCCUGCAUGAGCCCUCCCCACCUCGCCAUCAUCACCAGCCUGUGUAAGGGAAGGACUCUCUACUCCGUGGUGAGGGAUGCCAAAAUCGUCCUGGAUGUCAACAAGACAAGGCAGAUAGCACAAGAAAUUGUGAAGGGAAUGGGAUACCUGCAUGCCAAGGGCAUUCUCCACAAGGACCUCAAGUCCAAGAAUGUUUUCUAUGACAAUGGGAAGGUGGUGAUCACCGACUUCGGGCUCUUCAGCAUCUCUGGAGUUCUCCAAGCAGGCAGGAGGGAGAACAAGCUGCGGAUCCAGAACGGCUGGCUGUGCCACCUGGCCCCCGAGAUCAUCCGGCAGCUCUCCCCGGACACCGAGGAGGACAAGCUGCCCUUCUCCAAGCACUCGGAUGUCUUUGCACUGGGCACCAUCUGGUACGAGCUGCACGCCCGGGAAUGGCCCUUCAAGACACAGCCAGCAGAGGCAAUCAUCUGGCAGGUGGGGAGAGGGAUGAAACCCAACCUCAGCCAGAUCGGGAUGGGCAAGGAGAUCUCGGACAUCCUCCUGUUCUGCUGGGCCUACGAGCAGGAGGAGAGACCCACCUUCACCAAGCUGAUGGACAUGCUGGAGAAACUGCCAAAGCGCAACCGCCGCCUUUCCCACCCGGGGCACUUCUGGAAGUCAGCAGAGCUGUGACGGGAGGAGUCAAGGGACGGUGCCUUCCUCCCCCAGCGGGUCUCCUCUUCCUCCCCGCUCCCACCCUGCGCUAAGGAGGAGCAGCGGGACCGACGGGGGCCCGGGAACGAGACUCUUCCCCCGCAGCGUUCCGGGAAUCCUGUCUGCGCGGGCGGAGCAGCCCCGGGAGCGCCCGGCUGCCCUGGGAUGGGGACAGCCCCCCCGAGCAGGGGACACCCGCGGGACAAUGACUCCAGCUCAUCACCAGGGCUCCUCCGACCCCCAUCCAGCGCUCACGAUGACGCUCGGCUGGGGAGGGCUUGUUCUCGGUUCUCUGUGGGUUUAUUUAAUUCCCUUUAUUUAUUUCUUCGCGGUUUUGUCAUGGAAAAAAAAAAAGGGGGAAGGCCGCUGAUUCACGAGUUUAUCCCCUCGGGGAUCCUGCGGGGCCAGGGAGCGCCACUGCCAUUAGCUGCCCCCCGCGGGGAAAUGCAUCCGUCCCGCUGCCCCGCAGCCCCUGGGCAGCGCUGACCUUUCACAAGUGGCUUCUCUCCCUCCACUUGUGUGUCGCCCCUCCCAGCGGGGCACGUUCCACAUUCCCGGUGAUUUAUCCUCUUUUCCCGGUGUGUGUCUCAUCAGCCAGCCCUGCCCUCCCUGCUCCCGGCUUUGCUCCCCGCUGCCAAAACCCCGAUCUGGGGAUGCUCUGGGACAGCAGGGCAGCUGGCAUUGGGAUCCAUCCCCUCCCCUGGGCUCAUUCCUACAGCUGGGCUUGCAGACAGGCUCUGGUUGUACAGAGCAUUCCUGGCACAUCUCAGCCAUGCCCGGCACCAUUCCCCCCCCACAUCAGCCAAAUCCCAGAGUUUUCCAAAAAAUCCUCUUUGGGAGCUGCUGUUGCCACCUGAAUUCCAGGUGCUGCUAUUUCCCUCUCCCCCAGCUCGGAUGGGCCCUCCAGCCCCUCGGAUGAGCUGUCAGACGAGAGCAAAUAGCAUUCCCAGGCUCUCAUGGAGCAUAAUUGCUUGACAGGAACCAUCCUGGAUAAUUCAAUUGUAGUCUCAGUUCGCUUUAAUUUGGAGCCUGACGAGGCUUUGCAAGCUGAACCAGCCCUGGUUUGUCUGGCUGCUCCUCCACCUCCUCCUUGCUGCUGUGGGAAGUGCUUUAGCAUAAGUAAAUGAAGAUUAGAAACUUAAUUGCAGCUGGGAUGAGAUGGGAUUUUAAUUGUGGGGGUAUUAAAAUCCUCACACGUGCCUGUGUGAGAAUCCCAAGGUGGGCAGGAGCAGGGAGGGCUGGAUCCAGCCCCCAGCAGGAUCCAGAGGCGUCUCCUGCUGAUGUUUUUGGGGUGUGCAGUGAGGCAGGAUGGCUUUGGGGGCUGAGGCUGAGCGUGGCAGAAGCUGCUCCCUGCUCCCCAGCACAGUUUGGGGACCCUGAGUCAGGGCUCCUCCCUCCUUCUCAGCGCACAUUUCCCCUCCCUUCAGCCCAGCCCAGCCUCAGCCCUGCUCCCCGCCCAGCUGCACACACCUGCCGUGAACGUUGCACUAAAACCUCGGAGUCUCUCUGAGCUUUCACCAAUGCCUUCACCUGUGCUGCUCCCGGGCUCUGGGCGAGGCAGAAACCCCUUUCCCACAGGCUUGGGGUGCUGGGGGUGUCUCCAAACCCCAAAUCCCAGCCAGAGGUGUGUGGGUUUGGGUUCUGAGCAGGUGUGAACUUCUCAGGUGAGCAGGAGAGAGGGGAAGGUGCUGGAAGGAGGAAAGGGGACAGCAGGGUGGUGCUCAGCACCUGGGCUGUGUGGGUUUAUGGUGGAAGGGAUGUGUCUGUCUUGGGGUCACUGUGGGUUUGCUCCCUGCGCCCCAAGUCCUUGCCUGGCCUGGAAAGUCUCACCAUGGUGUGUCCCCCAUGGGCUGUCCCUGCUGCUGCAGGCCCCUGGUGGAUUCUGUUGGCCUGGAGUCAAGGGAACAGUGACCUGAUGGGUGCUGGGUUGGUUCCCAUUUGCUGCCAGGGCUGCAGCCACAGCCCCAGAAUCAUGGAAUGGGUUGGGUGGGAAGGGACCUUAAAUCCCAUCCCUGUAUCCCAUCCCAUCCCAUCCCAUCCCAUCCCAUCCCAUCCCAUCCCUGUAUCCCAUCCCACUGUCCCAGCUGCUCCCAGCCCCCAGCCUGGCCUUGGACACCCCCAGGGAUCCAGGGGCAGCCACAGCUUCUCUGGGAGUUCCAUCCCAGCCCCUCCCCACCCUCCCAGGGAACAAUUCCUUCCCAAUAUCCCAUUUAACUCUGCCUUCAUUAAGUUUAAAGCCUUUCCCCUUGUCCUGUCCAAUUCCCCCUUGGCCACACCUUUCUCCACUGGAUUUUGGGCAUCUGGAAGAAACAAACUAUUCCCACAGCCAACCUCUCCCCGCUCUCCCCUGCCUUGGUGUCUCAGCCACAGGCACAGCACAAUGGUAUUGAUGGAAAAAGAGCUGUCCUGAAUUUAUCCCAAACGAGGAGCAGCUCCUUCCCUUCCAUUCCACUUGCUCAGGCAGCCACGUUAUUUCCAUCAUUCCUUCUUAUUUUUAACGUCUUCAUUAUUAAAAAAA